AUGUUUAAAGUGGGGUAUGGUGGGAAAGAGUCUACAAUUUUGAAGAAAGAUCACAAUCUGAUACUUUUCCUUUGUUUCUGUAAAUUUUUUGCUAGGUCCAAAAUUGGAGAUUACUCACACCCUAAAUUGGUAAAGAAAAAUUUUUUCUGGACUAAAAAAAUUACACUUUAUCUGAUUGAUAUAGCCUUAUCAUACCACGUGAAGCCAAUGAAAAAAUUAGGAAUUACAUUAGGUUUAGGUGUUGAUAUUAUCAAUUCAUCAAGAUUUCAACGAUUAUUAACUUCCAAAACAACAUCUUUUUCCCAAAGAUUAUCGAAAAGAAUAUUACAUCCCAAACAUGAACUACCUCGAUUUGAAUCAAUGACUAAUCUGCGGCAAGUACAAUUCCUAACUGGAUCAUGGGCAGCUAAAGAAGCUGUUUUUAAGACAUUAGACAUUGAAGAUCAAAAAAAGUUUAGUUUUAAUCAAUGGUAUCGAUAUCAUGACCCAAACGGGAAACCAUUUAUUUGGAAUGAUAACUAUGGGCUCCGAGAUGAGGAAUUUCAUCUAAGCAUUUCUCACGAUGAUUCUCUUAUCAUUGCAACUGUUCUACGACAAAGAGUAAUAGAUCUACUGUAA